UUUUCACAUCUGGAUGUAUCGGAUACUCCACCAUGAAAUCGCAAUUCAUCGAACAAGUGCAACUUUUAAUGGAAACUCAGCACAUCAAAUAUACAGAAUGCAUUUUUGGCAAGCCCAACAAUUACAUGUGGUUGUGUAGCAGAAAGCCUCACAUAGUUUAUUGGUUGUCUACCAAAGAUGAGAUUAAAAUAAGAAAUUCUUUGAGUAAAAUUUCCAAAGAUCAAGAAAUCAAAGUUCUUAAACAAGUUUUGACUUAUUUGGACAAAAAUCCAAACGCCAGUCCCAGCAAAGUACCAGAAAUUACUUUGCAUUAUCUUGAGGAAAUUAUUACUUUUAAUUUUAUCAAAAAAGCGCAAGAAGAUGCAACAAAUCAAGCGUUUUCCAGAAUGACUAGCUUUCGCAACAGCUUAAGAAAACUGAGCUCAGGAUUGGCAACCCGAAAUAAGCUGGCAGUACCUACAGAACACAAUAAACAAAGAAGAUCUGUUACAUUUGAUGAUGUACCAACCAUUUAUCGUAUUUCUUUGAAUAAAAAAUAA